AUGCGGUCUGCGAACUCGGGCCGCCUGGGCUCUCUCGUGGUCCACGCUAGAAGGAACAACUAUAACAAAAAACCGACAAGACCACGGCAAGGUGUAAAGGAUAGCCCAGAGUUGACAGACUUCCGUAAAUCCAAGACGAGCCUUUCCAAAUCAAAGGAGAAGGUGUCUGCGGAGGAGGAGAAGCUUCUGAGUAAGGAAGAGGAGGCGAAGGUCGUCACCCGGGUAGAUAUGGCCGACGCACGGUACGUCGUCGAGGAUCACAGGAAUGGAGACGCUAACAUCGAACUGGACGCCAAUAAGAGGCAAUUCACGGGCCUGACAAAGGAGGAACUCAUGAAGUACGCGGAGGACCCGUUCUGGGUGCGCUUGCGCUGGUUCAUGUUCAUCCUGUUCUGGUCGCUGUGGCUGUGCAUGCUGGCGGCCGCCAUCGCCAUCAUUGUGCGCGCGCCCAAGUGCACAGCGCCGCCUAAGAUCUGGUACGAAAAGGGACCACUAGUGGACAUGUCCUCUGUGGAGAGCUUCGAGGAGUUGGAGACGGAACUGCCGCUGCUGAAGAGCAACCAGGUGGAAGGAAUCUUCACGUACGUCUGCAGGGACACGUACGAAGUGCUAGAGGAACCCAGCUGCUUACAGAAGUUCAAGGACUUUGUCACCAAAGCGAAGAAUUAUGGUAUCAAGGUGAUAGUGGACCUAACAGCCAACUCUGUGAGUACGAACCACACGUGGUUCACUCGGAGUGAGAACCGCAGCGCGGGAUACGAGCAGUACUUCGUGUGGGCGGACGGCGCGGGCUUCGGGGAGGAUAACACGCCCAACCCUCCCAACAACUGGAUCAGUAUAUACAGGGUUAUUGGUGAGACAGUGUUCACGCUAUCGGAGACGUCGCGGCCGGAGCUGUUCCUGCUGAGCAGCAACGUGUCGGCUGCGCUGCGGCCCGCCGCCGCCGCGCCGCUCGCCGCGCGCUCCGCCCCGCCCGCCCCGCGCACUCCGCUCGCCGCCGCCCUCGCCGCGCGUCUGCCGCACCACCCCGCCAUACAGGCACGACUACCCUACUAA